UUGAGCUGCUCACGGUGUCACUUAUACAGUCAGAAAAUGCAUGGUCUCGUUGCCGAGGGAAGGGUGUGUUGCUUGUGCCUUUCACCUGGACUAGCUGUCAACGGCGGCAUUCGUUUUGUGUAUUUGAGAAGCGGACCGUAUUGCUUUUUCUAAUAUUCAUCUCGGACGGAAGGCAGCGUUUUCCCAGCGUUUUAAUGCUGAUAUCCGCUGGUGCUUUAUUCUGGGAAGCGGGAUCUGGAAUUUAUAGGAUGCGAAGCGGCUUCUCCGCAGGCCUCUGAAGAUGAGCGUGACGUCAUGGUUUCUGGUCAGCAGCUCAGCCACUCGCCACCGGCUCCCUCGGGAGAUGAUCUUCGUGGGCCGGGAGGACUGCGAGCUCAUGCUACAGUCCCGCAGUGUGGACAAGCAACACGCUGUCAUCAACUAUGAACCAGCCACCGAUGAACACCUGGUCAAGGACCUGGGCAGCUUGAAUGGGACGUUUGUGAAUGACCAGAGGAUCCCGGAUCAGACCUAUGUCACCCUCAAGCUCUCAGACGUCAUCCGCUUUGGAUAUGAUUCCCAUGUGUAUACUUUGGAGAGGAGUCAACAUCAUGUCCCAGAGGAGGCUCUCAAGCACGAGAAGUACACCAGCCACCUGCACAUGGGUUUGAAGCCAGUGGAGAGAAAGAGACCAGACCCUCCAGAUGGGGCCUCGGACCCCCUCUGCUCCCGACAAGAGAAGUCUGACCGCAGGGCUGCCACUGAGACCCCUGCAUCCAGGCCCACUCCUCUGUACGGCCAGCCCUCGUGGUGGGGGGAGGAUGAUGCCGGCAACAAGGGCCGGCACGGCGAGGGGCGCAGGCCAGACGAGGGUCACCCAGAAAGCCAGAAGGAGUGUUCUGCUCUCGAUUCAGAGAUGGACUACAGGACAUCCCAGGGGAAGGCCCUCUACUCUUACGGCCGGGAGCCCAGCUAUUUCGAAAUCCCCACCAAGGAGUUCCAGGCUCGCCCUGCGUCCCCUGACACCGAGGUCCAGGAGAUCCCCACCAAGGACACCGACGCCCCGCCCCUGCCCUCUCCCUCGCCAGCCCCGACCACGCCCACGCCCCCCGUGAUGCAGAGCCACGCCUCCUUCACCAUCGAGUUUGACGACUGCACGCCGGGCAAGAUGAAGAUCAAGGACCAUGUCACCAAGUUCUCCUCGCGGCAGCACAAACCUCCCGGGAGGCUGCUGGCCACCACGCCCACCGAGGUGAUGUCGGCGGAGAGCAAGGUGGCCGAUUGGCUGGUGCACAGCGACAUGGGCAUGAUGAGGAAGAGGGUUCAGUGCGAGGACGUGUGCAGCACCAAGAGCGACCUGCCCGUGCACAUCAAGACUCUCAAAGGCCAUCACCAUGACGACGGAACCCAGAGCGAUUCCGAGGACCCUGUGGUGAAGGGGAAGCGGAGCAAAUCGCAGCAGCCGGAACUGCCACCUCCAUCCGCCCCCCCUCCUCACAAACCAGUCCAGUCCCGGGCGCUGUCGCCACGGCAGCCGACUCCGCCCACCCCCCCGGCCCUGGAAGAGGCCCCCUGCCGCUCUCCGCCCGGGUCGGCCUCGCCCCCCCAGAGUCUGGGCAAGCCGCCCACGCCCGAACUCCACAGCCAGCAAGCCUUCGUCAUCGAGUUUUUCGACGACAACCCGCGCAAGAAGCGCUCGCAGUCCUUCACCCACACCUCCGCCCACGCCCAGGCGGACACGUACUCCGCCCUCAAGGCCAAGCUGGAGAGGAGGAAGGGGAUCCCGCCCACCCAGCAAGUGACCGUCCCCCUGAAAGGACAGGGCCACGGAGGGCCCCAGAGGGCCAGCUCCCUCCACCGUGAAAAGGCGGACGAGCGGGCGACCUCCUCCGGAGUUGCCGUCAAGCCGUUCGGCAGCCUGGGCAAGAAUUCCAAGCUGGCCCGCGAGUUCGCUGCCGAGUUCCUGAAGGAGACGAAUAAGGCGGACCCAGCCAGAGACAAGACCCCCUCUCCGUCCUUCCCCUCGCCCCCCGCGUCCGCGCCCCCAACUGUAUCGUACGCACCCAUGAUCCCCUUCGUUUCCCCACCUCGGUCACUCUCUCCCUCCCCGUCCCCCUCCCCGUCCCAACCCCUGCUCGUCCCGCAGCCUGAUGCCUGCACCACUGCGCGAGCUGCCUCCCCCGUCCAGACCCCUGCCCCUGCCCCCGCCCCCGUCCAGGCCCCUGCCUCUGCCCCAACCCCUGCCCCAGUCCCUGCCCCUGCCCCAGCCCUUGCUCCAGCCCCCAGCAUGCCCCUGCCACAGCUUGUGCCCCUGGGUGUGGCCCGCAGCGUGGACCCCAAGACCUCGAAAGCGGUGAGGGGCGAGGAGGAGGACAGUCUGAGCGACGCAGGCACCUAUACCAUUGAGACCGAGUCCCAGGACAAGGAGGUUGAGGAGGCCAGGAACAUGAUCGACCAGGUUUUUGGAGUUCUUGACUCGCCUGAGUACACCGGUGUGACCCCGUCAACGUAUCGGCCCGUAAUCAAGGAGAGAGACGAGCGGGGAAGCCCACGGCACGCCAAGCUCGGCUCCCUGGGUACAAAGGCAGCCACACCACAGGACUCGAGUGCCUCUUCUCUCAGUGGCCCCCCCACUGGCCCACUACAGGUGGAUCCCCAGUGUUCAGCUGCUCUGGGUGGCCCCAAGUGGGUGUCUCGGUGGGCCAGCCUGGCGGACAGCUACAGCGACUCGGGGCCCCUGACAGGGAUAUCGGACAACCCACCAGAGUCUGCAGAUGGAGAUGGGAAAUUUGUCGAUCAGGACAUGCCAGGUUCAAACAUAGAAGGGCCUGAGUUUGACGGAAGCCAGGGUUUGUCCAGAGCGAGGCGGCUGCUUCCACAGGUGCCACCAUCAGAGAAGGCUGAAAGCGCUCUCCCCGGCAUCCUGAUCCAGCCCGACCCCUACCCAGGCCACCAGGCCCCUGAGAGGGGACCCGGCCCCCUACGUCAGCUUGAGAUGGGUGACAAGUUGCCCGUUCAUGAAGACUUGGAUCCAGACAGUUUGAGCGACACCAGCAGGUCAGACGAUGUCCCGGGGGCGAGGAGGAGAGGGAGGAGCCGGGAUCAGGUCACAGAAGGAGGAGCUGAGCAGGAAGCAAGGGGCCUCCAGGAAGGGGCAGAGGAAGGGGUGGGGCCAGGGGUCAGGUCGACCUCUUUCUAUAUCGGGUCAGAGCAGGCCUUCCCCAGACGAGAGUUAGCCCGUAGCCCCGUCCUUGCCCAGCCGGAGAGAGAACAGGAUGUCACACAGAAAACACCCCCCGCUACAGCCCCCGCCCCCACCAGGCACCCAGUUGUUCUCGAGCCUCGAAAACCCCUCAAGCCCAAUGCCUCCACCCCCAAUCUUCAGUCCCGAGACCCCACCAAGGAACCCUCCAUCAUCCGGCAGGAGAGCUUCACCAAAGACCGGCCCAGCAACGACGUACAGCUCAACCGCCUCCCCCACAUCUCCAGCCACCCCGCCCUCCUCGACCUGGACCCCUGGGGACUGGACGCGGAGACCAUACCUCCCCUCCCCAGGGUCCGAGGGCCCAGGCUGGGUCACGCCGACGACUCCCUGUCCGGCGAGUCGGAUGUGGACACGGCGAGCACCAUCAGCCUGGUCAGCAGCAAGAACGCCCCUGCCGCUCCCGCCCAACCCAGGAAGAGGCCGCCGGCCUCCGGCAGCCUGAAGGACAAGUCGUCGUCCUCCAGCCACUCGUUUCGCGAGCAGGCCCGGCAGCCCACAGCCCGCGAGCGUCUGUCCGAGAAGAGGCGCACCCAGGCCGCCGACUCCACCGGCAAGCCCGACCCUGUCAAGCGCUUCCAGCUUCGCCGCAGCACCGGGAACCGCGGCUCCCUGGACCUUUCGGACCACCAGCAGGGCUGGAACAGCGCUACCACCGCCUCCUCCUCCGACCAUGAGUCGGGCUCCAGGCCCGGCUCCCGCAGGAAAGCCCCCGCCGCCGCGCCCGCGCUGAAGGACGACGGGGCGAAGGCCGCCUCGAAGAGCGUCGUGCAGCAGGCCCUCAUCCGCUCCAACAGCCUCUCAGCCCCGCGGCCCACCCGCGCCUCUCUGCUGCGACGCGCCCGGCUGGGGGAGACCUCGGACAACGAGGGCGGAGAGACGGACCGGGCCUCCCAGGGGUCGGAUGUGGGGGCGCCCGGAAGGCCUCUGGCCGACGCCAAGAAGCUGUCCCGGUUGGACAUGCUGGCCAUGCCCCGGAAGAGGAGCGGCUCCUUCACCGCUCCCAGCGAACCAGAGACCGCCGGGGGCAGGGCCACCGGCCCCGCCCGGAAGCCUGCUGCAGCGCCCGAGCCCAAAGCGGGGGCUGUGGGGCGGCAGCCAAUCGUCCGAGCACGUUCCAGUAGUGCCAAAUACCCCAGCGCAGCCAGCUCCCGGCGUCGGCCGGACUACACCUCCACAUCGGAGGAGGAGUAUGAGGCCAGCUCCUCCUCUGUUAAACACAAACGCCCCCACACUUCCGCAGCCAGUCAGACGGCAGUCUCCCAGAAGCUUGUGGCCGCCUCGGCCCCCGCCCCGCCCAAACCCACGCAGCGCCGGACAGAACAGGAGGAGGAGCCGGACCAGGAGGCGGACCCCUACCAGCACUGGUCCACGCACAGCGCAGAGAUUGCAAGACUCAGUCAAGACCUGGCCAAGGACCUGGCCAUUCUGGCUCGUGAGAUCCAUGAUGUUGCAGGCGAUGGUGACUCACCAAGUGGCUCAGCCGUGGGAACAACCAGCACCUCACCCAGCGCCACAGCCAACAUGCCCGCUACGAACAUUUCCACCCGAGAGGAGGUGAGGCACCCACAGUGGACCUCUGUCAAUUACACGAUUUUAGUCCAGCACAUUCCUGAGGCCAGCUUGCUUUAUGGUUUUGUGAGCAUGAAUGACCAAAACUGAGGGUCGAAAAACUGACCUUGGAACUAUGAGGAGGUUAUUUUGGACAACCUCAUGCUGAAUCCUGUUUCCCAGCUGUCCCAAGCUAUCCGGGAAAACACUGAGCAACUGGCGGAGAAAAUGAAGGCACUGUUCCAUAACAAGACUGAAGUCUGGGAGGAGAUUGAAGCAAAGAUCAAUGCUGAGAACGAAGUUCCCAUACUCAAAACGUCAAACAAGGAAAUCUCCUCCAUUCUGAAGGAGCUACGAAGAGUUCAGAAACAACUGGAAGUGAUCAACACCAUCAUCGAACCCGGUGCCAACCCUGAGCUGGCUGCCAGAGCUUCCUCAGCCACAGGGAAGUCUAAAACCUUCACCAAGGACAGCCGACCCUUUUCCCAGACGCGCAGGGUGACUGGGGUCAGCUCCAGCUCGCCUGGCAAUGCCAACGGGAGGGCCAAAGGCAGCACAGCAGGGUCAGAGGGUGACAGGUUUGCGGCCUGAGCCGCUCUUCACAUUGCGCCCCCUUAUGGCCCCAACCCCUUAUGGCUGCAACAAGGCCAUUUUUGAACGGAUGUUCCGAUGUUUUUAAUGUGUUCAGACAUCACUGUAUAUUUCUCCUGAGCUGUUACUCUAAGGAAAGUCGACCAAACAAUUGGUAAAAAUCGUACAUGAGGUGAUGUCCUAUAUGUGUUGUCUGCUUCACUUAAAAGGCUUUUUCCUUUUGAUUUUGGGGGAGAAAGCGGUGCAGUGGUUCAGGCCAAAUUUCCAUGAAGAGGGAGAGCAGGAAGAUGUCCGAUACCUCAGCUUUCACAAUUGAAUUCAGAAAUUCAACAUCGCAAGAGUGCACUUCAGCUUCUCUGUUCAUAAUAUCAACAGAUCUUUUUGGCCUGCUUUAAUUAUUGGGUGUAACAGGUAACAGAUUUUUUAUUAUUUUUCUUUUUGUAGGUAGAUGUUUCAAAUGGGCAUUUGAUGUCCAGUGACCACUGCAUAAUAAAUACAAAUACAAAUUCAUUGAGGAUGCAUUCCUCAUAAAAUGCAUGCCAGCCUUAUAUGCUUUCCUUUUAGUUAGUGUGCAGUCCAGGUUGAACGCAACCCUUCUAUAUCGAUGAGACGAGAGUUUUAACAUCUUUACGGAUGUAGUAUUCUACAUGGGGGUCAUGUACACAUGAGUUGUGAGUUUUGUCACUGAGUUGUGUUUUGCAGGCAUGGACUGUGAAGGGAUGUUUUCAGUUUGCAAUAACAAAAAUACCUUAUUGAGAAUUUAUGAAUCAAAUGAAGCUACGUUCAAAGGCAUUUAUGUGAGCCGUAUGAAGUUCUGUGCAUAUGAAGAUAAGGUCUACACGAAUGUAUGUUGUUUAUUUAUUGAAUAGUAGAAUGAACUGUAUGUUGACUAGAAUGCUGAAUGUUAUUAGGGAUUGUGGGUGUAAUGCUUUCUGUGGUUCACAGACAUGUACAUGUUAUAGUUCUCGGAUUGAAUCAAUCAUGUUUGCUUUCUGGAAGGAGCUGGCGGCUUGAUGACCUCAGAAAACACCAGGAAGAAAAAAACAACUUUGAAAGCAAUGCAGCACAUUUUGUGAGCGAAGAAUUAUCAGGUUCUAACUGACAUUUUAGAGAAGUUAGUGUCAUAAAUAUGUUGUUUAUAGGGUACUAAAUACAUGUUUGAAGUUUUAUACAAAAAUACUGUUUAAAGGUAUGACAAAUUGCUAAAUUUGAAAGUUGUAUCUGCUUGGGCUUUGGAAUCUUUGAAGCUCAAUAUCUCAAAACUCUCAGAACGCAGAUAGAACCUUCUAAUUCUCAGCUCACGAUUUAUGCUCCCAGGCUAAAUUCUUUUCACUUUAACAAAUAUAUCAGUUUAUAGAUGGGUUUCUUGUGAUGUGUGGACAUUGCGUCACAUGCAGGUCUGGUGCAGAAACCUUUGUCGGCUAUACUGGAAAUGUUUACACUGAGAGUGGCUACAUGAUAACCUUUAAGACGCCACUGCAUCUGUUUCCUGUAUGAAAAUGAGAACAUUUGUUACUUUAUUUUGUCUUAGUACAGCAGGAUAUGUGUUGUGAUCUGAUGAAUUGGACACUGCGUGAAAUGAAUAAGGAAAUGAUAAGCUAAGAAGUCAGAAACUGUGAGGCACCAAUAGCAUGUGAAUCUUUUCUUUAUUUCUCUUUAAGCACCAAUAUUUGAGAGGGUGAGUUAAGUUAUAACAGUUUGAGUAUUGUGAGAUGGCUGGCAUCGAUAUUUUGAGUCAAAGCCGGUCCCUCUUCUCUGCACAAGGGUGUUUUUGUGCCUACGGUUUAUUUGCUAACAUUGCAAAAACAAUUGAUGUUCCUAGGAGAUUAAUAGCAAAAGCACACCUCUUGUCUUGUAUAAUUCGAUGAGUGCUCUUUGUGGGCCUGGCAUACCCAGACACUCUCUACCUAUCCCAAGAAAGGGCCACUAGGGUCACCCAAACUUAUAAAUGUAUCAAAAUAACUCUCAAGACAAAAUAAUUAUUUUGAAACGUGAACUGUGCCAUAACAGAAAUUGGAGCAAUUCAGCCAUAAAAAACUUGAUGGUUAAAGUUGAUGUUUUGUUAUAUCAAAUUAAAAUAAAAUUAUGGCAGUGUAUGGAAGAUCACUGCAACUAAGCAAUUUUCAUAAUAAAAAUCUAGUAUCACGGUAUAUAUGCAUGCUGCCCUUAAAACCAUUAUGUGCACUGGUUUAUUGUACAUAAAUGAAAUAUCACUCAUCCCUAGUCUGGAUGAAGUAUUACACAACUGUGAAGUCUGCAAGUUUAGGAAGUUUACAGUAAUUUGGAACUAAUUUGAUUUCACUAUGUAUAUGAUAUAUGGGUAUACACUGUGUGGAGAUAUACCCUCUGGACCAGGGAAAAAAAACAGGCAUGUAACAGCAUCACUGGAACAUUUUGAGCACACUGCUUGCAGGAAGACGACCACUGUUUCUUUCGGAAAUUUGAACUACACCUUUCUCUGGUGGUUUACGUUUGAAAAGACGCCAUCGAUCUGCCGGUUUAUCACCUUAUCCGGCCAUUAAAUUUAUACUAAUUGUUUUGUCUCGAGUGACAGUAAUGAUGACCACUCUGGAAGUGGUUUAGCAGCAUUUGCGGCUUUGAAACAGGGUAUAUUUUUGAGCAGUUAUGCUCUUUGGCUUCCUCACUGCUUUUUGUGGUUAUGCUGCCUGAAUUUAUAUCUUUUUUGACCCAACAUGGUAUUUUAGAGUGUUUUCCGGCAGCCCAAGUGUCGGAUUGCAUAUUUAGCGAUAUUUUGUUGCUGACACUGCGUCAUUGUAGCGCUAAGCCAAAGAGCAACAUUCCAUAGUCUUCGCAACAGCCUUAACAUUAGCAUACAUGCUUCAGUUAUCCAUUUAAAGUCAGCAAUGGGGUGUAAUGGCUUGAGCGCGGGUUUUCAAACUGGGAUGUAGGAAACCAUUAUGGUGUUCUAGGGGUGGUUCUCAGCAAAAUGGGGAAAUUCUUUUAAAACAUUUUGUACGUAUUUCCAUAUUCCGUACAUUUUUACCCGGUAUAUAUGUACUUUCCUGUGUUGGCUAGAGAGUUUUGGUGGCCCAAAAUUAGAAUUUUAUUCUUUAUUUUUUUAUGCUUUAGCAUAAAUCACACCCACCAUUUAACUUGAAUUGUGUUUAUGCCAGCAGCCGGCUCUGCCUAUAUCAACCCCUGGUUUAGGAAACUGGGCCUCAGAGACAGAAUGUUAUACGACAGUGUCUCCUGCAGUGGCCCUGGUAAGGGAAAUGCAGUAACUAACCAACUAGCCAACGUCUCCAGCAAUAUAGCAACAUAAACAGAUGACCUGUUUUUAUGGACGAAGGCCUUUGCUGAGCAAAUGUUUAAUCUACUGCAAGUAAAACUAGUAUUGUAAACUGUUGUUUCCAAUAUUAAUUCAACGUGAUUUUUCUUUUUAAACCAGUGUUUUUGUUCUUGAAUUUAUUAGUAAAGAUUGGACCACCACCUAAGAGGAAAUGGACCCUACAUGGGAGCUGAGAUUUAUUUGUUGUCACCAGUGCUGUUAUACACUGUUUGUGUACAAAAACAAAAAUAAUUAUCUCAAUGCCCUCUUUCUGGCUGCACUGAUAGAGCACCACUGUGUCCUUUUGGUGUUGAAACUGUGUUCGCAUAGAUAAUGGUAACCAACCAUUAGUUAGCUUCUCAUUUCACCUGGGAAUGUGAUUGAGGUUAUCAAGACUGUAUGUUAUGAUUGCUGUAGACAACUAAAAUUAAAAUAUAAGAAAAAAAAGCUAUGUGAAAAAUGUAAAAUAUAUCAUGCAGUUUAUUCAGGAUAGACUUGUGGCUUUUUCACCUUAUGUGCACUUGUUAUGUUAAAUCCUUUCCUGUCAGAAGAGUCUGUAAAAUAAAAGAGUGAGAAUAAGCAGAACAAUAUAAGCAUUACACCUAGUGUUGGAAAAUCCUCCAUGGCAUAUGUAAAUGGGUGGAGGGAUUUAUGGAGGGAGAAUAUUCGGACAGCAGCUGGCCCCAGAACUGUUCAUCCGUAUGCUUGUUGCAUCAAGGCUAUGGUGUAGGAUGCUGCAGAGAUAAGCUUUUGGAAAAAAGUUUUUUUUUACUGCUGCUCAGCUACGGUUGUGCUUACGCUAUCCGAUUGGCUGUCACUCCAGUAAUACAACUGCUGCUGCUAACGUGUGAUGUCAUUCACUCCCUUUCCUUUAAUGUUCACAGUUCUGUUUCCUGCUUGUAAGUUAUGUUAAAGCUGUAGACAAAAAGAAGGAAAAAAAUGACACUGUUCAACACUGGAAGCCUGUCUGUCUGUUACUGUGACUGUUUGUGGUUCAGUCAAUACAUUGGCUGUAUGUUUUAAUGGUUGGUUACAUGUGACAUGUAACUAAUUUAAGUUCUUCCAGAGUUGGCUAUUUAUUUAUCUUAGUAUGAUUACUUUUUGUAUAUUUCCUGAAUGAAUUUAAUACAUAUGUUAUGCAUCAUGCAGAAAACAUUUGAUUUGCCAUUUUUAAUUUGUAAUAAAUUGAUUUGGUUAUUGACUAUUGAUUAUUGAUUGUGAAAAAAUGUGUAAUAUUCUUCGAUCAGUGUUAGAAAUGUAAAUCAAAAUGUGAAAAGUCACAAAGUGUACAUAUUAGCCAGAAAUGGUGGCAAAAUGUUGAUUACUUUUGCUCUGAACAAUAAAUAAAUUAAAGAAAAAUA